CCACGCUGCCCACCCAAGCGCUCUAUGUCCCGGGGGCGCGGCCAUGGAGGUGGUGGGCGACUUCGAGUACAGCAAGCGGGACCUCGUGGGACACGGGGCCUUCGCUGUGGUCUUCCGGGGGCGGCACCGCCAGAAAACUGAUUGGGAGGUAGCUAUUAAAAGUAUUAAUAAAAAGAACUUGUCAAAAUCACAAAUUCUGCUUGGAAAGGAAAUAAAAAUCUUAAAGGAACUUCAGCAUGAAAAUAUCGUAGCACUCUAUGAUGUUCAGGAAUUACCCAACUCUGUCUUUCUGGUGAUGGAGUAUUGCAAUGGUGGAGACCUGGCAGAUUAUUUGCAAGCGAAAGGAACUCUCAGUGAAGACACCAUCCGAGUGUUUCUUCACCAAAUUGCAGCAGCCAUGCGCAUCCUGCACAGCAAAGGUGUCAUCCACAGGGACCUCAAACCUCAGAAUAUCUUGUUGUCUUAUGCCAAUCGGAGGAAGUCGAAUGUCAGUGGUAUUCGUAUCAAAAUAGCUGAUUUUGGUUUUGCACGUUAUCUACAUAGUAACACAAUGGCAGCAACACUGUGUGGAUCCCCAAUGUACAUGGCUCCUGAGGUUAUUAUGUCUCAACAUUAUGAUGCUAAGGCAGAUUUAUGGAGCAUAGGAACAGUGAUCUAUCAAUGCCUAGUUGGAAAACCACCCUUUCAGGCUAAUAGUCCUCAAGACCUAAGGAUGUUUUAUGAAAAAAACAGGAGCUUAAUGCCUAGUAUUCCCAGAGAAACAUCACCUUACUUGGCUAAUCUUCUUUUGGGUUUGCUUCAGAGAAAUCAAAAGGAUAGAAUGGAUUUUGAAGCAUUUUUCAACCAUCCUUUUCUUGAGCAAGUUCCAGUUAAAAAAUCUUGCCCCGUCCCAGUGCCUGUGUAUGCUGGCCCUAUCCCUGGAAGCUCUUGCGGCAGCUCGCCAUCUUGUCGCUUUGCCUCUCCACCAGUGUCCAAAGAUUCUGCCAGUAAUAGUAGCAAGAACUCUUCUUGUGACACGGAUGACUUUGUUUUGGUUCCACACAACAUCUCGUCAGACCACUCAUAUGAUGUGCCGAUGGGGACUGCUGCCAGACGUGCUUCAAAUGAAUUCUUCAUGUGUGGAGGGCAGUAUCAACCUACUGUGUCACCUCACAGUGAAACAGCUCCAAUUCCAGUUCCUACUCAAGUAAGGAAUUAUCAGCGCAUAGAGCAGAAUCUUAUAUCCACUGCCAGCUCUGGCACAAAUCCACAUGGUUCUCCAAGAUCUGCAGUGGUACGAAGGUCUAACACCAGCCCCAUGGGCUUCCUCCGGGUCGGGUCCUGCUCUCCUGUACCAGCAGACACAGUGCAGACAGGAGGACGAAGACUCUCGACUGGCUCUUCCAGGCCUUACUCGCCAUCCCCUUUGGUCGGUACCAUUCCUGAACAGUUUAGUCAGUGCUGUUGUGGGCAUCCUCAGGGCCAUGAAGCCAGGAGUAGACACUCCUCAGGUUCUCCAGUGCCACAGACCCAGUCACCACAGUCACUCUUGCUGGGUGCUAGACUACAGAGCGCCCCCACCCUCACUGAUAUCUAUCAGAACAAGCAGAAGCUCAGAAAACAGCACUCUGACCCCGUGUGUCCAUCGCAUGCAGGAGCUGGGUAUAGUUACUCACCUCAGCCUAGUCGGCCUGGCAGCCUUGGAACCUCUCCCACCAAGCACAUGGGGUCCUCUCCACGGAGUUCUGACUGGUUCUUUAAAACUCCUUUACCAACAAUCAUUGGUUCUCCUACUAAGACUACAGCUCCUUUCAAAAUCCCUAAAACACAAGCAUCUUCUAACCUCUUAGCCUUGGUUACUCGUCAUGGGCCUGUUGAAAGCCAGUCCAAAGAUGGAAAUGACCCUCGUGCAUGUACCCAUUGCCUCUUAGUCCAAGGAAGUGAGAGGCAACGAUCUGAGCUACAGAGCAAGGCAGUAUUUGGCAGAUCUGUCAGUACUGGGAAGUUAUCAGACCAGCAAGUAAAGGUGCCAUUAGGUGGACACCAGGGCAGCACGGAUAGUUUAAAUACAGAACGACCAAUGGAUAUAGCUCCUGCAGGAGCCUGUAGUGUUAUGCUGGCAUUGCCGGCAGGAACCGCAGCAAGUGCCAGAGCUGUCCUCUUCACUGUGGGGUCUCCUCCACACAGUGCCACAGCCCCUACUUGUGCUCACAUGGUCCUUCGAACAAGAACCACCUCAGUGGGGUCCAGCAGCUCAGGAGGCUCCUUGUGCUCUGCAAGUGGCCGUGUGUGUGUGGGCUCCCCACCUGGGCCAGGCUUGGGCUCUUCCCCACCAGGAGCAGAGGCAGCUCCCAGCCUGAGAUAUGUGCCUUAUGGUGCUUCACCACCCAGCCUAGAGGGUCUCAUCACCUUUGAAGCCCCUGAACUACCAGAGGAGACACUGAUGGAGCGAGAACACACAGACACCUUACGCCAUCUGAACGUGAUGCUAAUGUUUACUGAAUGCGUGCUGGACCUAACAGCAGUGAGGGGUGGGAACCCUGAGCUGUGCACAUCUGCUGUGUCCUUGUACCAGAUUCAGGAGAGUGUAGUCGUGGACCAGAUCAGCCAGCUAAGCAAAGAUUGGGGGCGGGUGGAGCAGCUGGUGUUAUACAUGAAAGCAGCACAGCUGCUGGCAGCCUCCUUGCAUCUCGCCAAAGCUCAGAUCAAGUCCGGGAAGCUGAGCCCAUCCACAGCUGUGAAACAAGUUGUUAAAAAUCUGAAUGAACGAUAUAAAUUGUGCAUCACCAUGUGCAAGAAACUUACAGAAAAGCUGAAUCGCUUCUUCUCUGAUAAACAGAGAUUUAUUGAUGAAAUCAACAGUGUGACUGCAGAGAAACUCAUCUACAAUUGUGCUGUGGAAAUGGUUCAGUCUGCAGCCCUGGAUGAGAUGUUUCAGCAGACUGAAGACAUUGUAUAUCGGUACCACAAGGCAGCCCUUCUUUUGGAAGGCCUAACUAAGAUCCUGCAGGACCCUACUGAUGUUGAAAAUGUGCAUAAAUAUAAAUGUAGUAUUGAAAGAAGAUUGGCAGCACUCUGCAGUAACUCUGGAGCUGUAUGAGCAGCAGACUUGUCUGUGGACCAGCAUGGGAACAUGAGGUAGCAUGUUUGGGAUUAUAGUUUGGUUCUGUCACCCACCCAAGAAACCGUGGUGACUACCAAAGAACAAGCAGCAACUUAAGAAGGAAAAACAAUAUAAAACUACAUGUUUGUAGAAAACCUGCCUUAUUGGAGAAGUCACUCCCCUUUUCCUUUUUCUUUAUAGAAGCAGAAGCAAAAGAGUAUCCACACAUUGAACCUGGCAAAUAAAUGUACCUUAGAACUAGAAUCAUAAGUACAAUUAUUCUUGUGGAUAAUUAAACAGGAAAGAAAGUGAGUGACACUUUACUCAACUCUGAGUAAUAUAUGAAAUUCCAUGCUUUGUUAAGGCAUAUACAAGCAAAGAGUCUACAGCUCAUCCAGACAGUUUGAGAUUUGGGGUAAGUUUGUCUGAAUCUGAGCGUGCAUCUUUAAACAGCUCAGAAGGAAGUGUUUUAAGAAGAAGCAAAAGGUGACUCUUGGAUGAAUUGUGACAUCUUCAAGUUGAUCUAAUGUGGACAUAAGUUAAUCUUCCAAAAUCUUUCAUAUUGCACUAAUUUAUUAAAAUAACUGUGUAUUGAAUUUUGCAAUUUAAAACUAACUGAGGCACAAUGGACUUGUUUAGAAUAUUUUACUUGAUUCCAUACAUAGGCUCUUUUCAGAAUUCAUGUGUAUACUCCAUUGAAGUUUUAAAUGGUCAAAACUUGCAUUCAUGUGAACCUUUGCAUUUUUCUCACCUGUAAUCUUCACCAACAGAUCUUCUCAGUGGUAUUUUGAGUUGCUGGUUGUUGCAUUUUUUUGUUGUGCAUGCAGAAUGUGCAUUGAUACCUGUGACCAUAGGUUUAUUAAAGGCUAAGUUUAUUUGCACAGUAUUAGAAAGCUAUCAUGAAUCAAGAGAUACUCUUGAGAAUUUUAAUAGGGCCAAAUCAAAGUGAUGAAUAAAGGCUUGUUAGUGAUGUGGAGUUUCUACAUGGAAAUUAGUAGGAAGUGAGGUUUGUUUUCCUUAGAAAACUGGGCAGCUCUCUCCAGACUAAUGUGCACUUUUCAGUGUUAGUCCUGACAGUUCACCAAAUAGCUAGUCACAGUGAAUUAACAUCUCUCAAAGAACGGUUCCUGUGUUGUAUAUUGUUUGGUUUCUUUUACUUACCUGCUUGAAUACUUGAAUAAAGCAUUCACCCGUCUUAACCCUUUCAUUCAACCCUUCACAUAAUGACCUGCACUCUGAUAGCUGCGCAGAAGCUCUUGGGCAUCGCACUUAACAGAGACAGUGUGGUUUCCAUUUACUUGGUGGACAAAGUAAUGUAAUUUUUACAUUAUUUAUCUGUGUGAAAUUCUAGAAGUUAAUUUGAACAUUUAUUUAUAAGAUGUUUGUAUUUUUAGGUCUUUACUACAGUGUUUCUACCUCUCAUUUGUAACUGCAUGCAUUAUUCUCCAAACUAGGUAAAACUCACUGAAUCAUUGUGUAAUAGCCUUUUUUAAAUUGCUUGUACAAAUGUAUAUUAAGGAUAAAUAAAACUGACAGUGUUUUUAGGUUAUAGUUGGGUUGAUAUUAAGUGGCUUGUCAAGCCAAAUGCUUCUUUAGUGAGUAGGUUGGAAACUUGGUCAUUAAUGGCCUUUGUCCUGCUCCAGGAUUUAAGACUCUUGGUGGCUGACAUGCAGGCUCCUGAAAACAGACUAUACCCCCUCCUUAUAUUAGUGAUAACUGUUUGAGAUAAUUUUUUUAGAUUUUACACUGAAUUCUUUCAUGUUCUCUUAAUUACCAUGUUAUCUCAGUUGAUUUUCCAAGUGAGUAGAUUUAGUUGGCCUCUUAUGCCACUUUUCAAAACCACAAUAUGAAAAGAUUGAGAGAGGGUAAAGUUGGUGUGAAGUAAGGAACUGCAAAUGUUGAAACUGCACUGUAACUCAAGCUCUUCUCACGUCAGAGGUCUUAUAGGUGCUGUGUAUAAAGCAGCAGAGUCUCACAGUGGAGAACAAACUGUAAACUCACGAGUAAUGGUUUUGAUUAUACUACCAUUAUCAAGGCUAAUUGUUUAAAAAGAUUUUUGCCUUGAUUAUAGCAAUAAUAAAUAAAUGUUUUAUGUUUCUGUA